CUUUCCAUAAAUACCACUUUCUCUCUUCACUAAAACCUUCUCAAUAAUUUCAUUCAUCUUCUCCGAUCACUUUCUCCGAUUUUCUGUGUUAAAAAUUCAUCGGAAUUUUUCAGUUUCAUAGCAAAAAAUGAGUAGCAAUCCAAAGGGAAGAACAACAAUUGAAGUAGGAGCUGAUGGAGUUGCUGUUAUUACAAUUAUUAAUCCUCCUGUCAAUUCCCUUUCCUUAGACGUGCUGUACAGCUUGAAAGAGAGCUAUGAGCAGGCCUUAAAAAGGGAUGAUGUGAAAGCAAUUGUUGUGACAGGUGCAAAGGGCAAGUUCUCUGGUGGUUUUGAUAUCAGUGCCUUCGGUAAACUGCAAGGAGGAACAGUCGAAUCACCAAAACCUGGUUUUAUAUCUGUGGAGAUUCUCACUGACACUGUGGAAGCUGCAAGAAAACCUUCCGUGGCGGCAAUUGAUGGUCUCGCUCUAGGUGGAGGACUAGAAGUUGCAAUGGCUUGUCAUGCACGUAUUUCUACUCCUAAUGCACAACUUGGAUUGCCAGAACUUCAACUUGGAAUACUUCCUGGAUUUGGAGGUACUCAGCGGCUUCCACGCCUCGUGGGUCUUGCUAAGUCCCUCGAAAUGAUGCUUACGUCCAAGCCCGUUAAAGGAGAGGAAGCUUUUAAUGUGGGCCUUGUUGAUGCUGUAGUUUCAUCAAACCAAUUAUUGGAUACUGCUCGUAAGUGGGCUCUUGAUAUUUUGGAACGCAGAAAACCUUGGGUUGCCAGUCUUCAUAAAACUGAUAAGAUAGAGCCUCUUGGUGAGGCAAGGGAAAUAUUAAAAUUUGCAAGAGUUCAAACGCGCAGACAGGCUCCAAAUCUCCAGCAUCCAUUAGUCUGCAUUGAUGUUGUUGAAGAGGGUAUAGUGUCUGGUCCACGUGCUGGGCUUUGGAAGGAGGCUGAAGCAUUCCAAGGUCUUCUACAUUCAGACACUUGCAAGGCCUUGGUCAACAUUUUCUUUGCUCAGCGUGGAACCACAAAGGUACCUGGAGUGACUGAUUUAGGAUUAGUACCACGACGCAUAAAAAAGGUUGCAAUUCUUGGAGGUGGUUUAAUGGGUUCUGGAAUUGCAACUGCACUGCUGCUUAGUGGCUAUCCAGUGAUCUUGAAAGAGGUUAAUGACAAAUUCCUACAGGCCGGGAUGGGUAGAGUAAAAGCCAAUUUGCAAAGCAGCGUCAAGAAAGGGAAAAUGAGUCCAGAGAAGUUUGAAAAGACUCUCUCCCUACUCAAGGGUUCUCUCGAUUAUGAAAGUUUUAGGGAUGUGGACAUGGUCAUUGAGGCUGUCAUCGAGAAUGUAUCUUUAAAGCAGCAAAUAUUUGCUGAUCUUGAGAAGUAUUGCCCUUCACAUUGCAUUCUAGCAAGUAACACUUCUACGAUUGACUUGAAUUUGAUUGGGGAAAAGACCAGAUCUCAAGAUCGUAUUAUCGGAGCUCACUUUUUCAGUCCGGCUCAUGUGAUGCCACUCUUGGAAAUUGUCCGCACCCAGAAGACAUCGCCCCAAGUAAUUGUAGACUUGCUUGAUGUUGGCAAGAAGAUAAGGAAAACCCCUGUGGUAGUUGGGAACUGCACUGGGUUUGCUGUCAACAGAAUGUUCUUUCCUUACACCCAAGCCGCUCUUUUGUUAGUUGAACGUGGAACAGAUGUCUACCGCAUCGAUAAGGCCAUCACUAAAUUUGGCAUGCCAAUGGGUCCCUUCAGAUUAUGUGAUCUUGUUGGUUUUGGUGUUGCAAUUGCCACUGGUGGGCAAUUUGUGAUGAAUUUCCCGGAGAGAACUUACAAAUCAAUGUUGAUACCGCUCAUGCAAGAAGAUAAAAGAGCUGGUGAAACUACUCGGAAAGGGUUUUAUGUAUAUGACGAUAGACGUAAAGCGAGCCCAGAUCCAGAAAUAAAGAAAUAUAUUGAGAAGGCAAGAGAGAUGUCUGGUGUUACCAUUGACCCUAAGCUGGCAAAACUCUCGGACAAGGACAUUAUAGAGAUGAUUUUCUUCCCUGUGGUAAAUGAAGCCUGUAGAGUGCUUGCAGAAGGUAUUGCAGUCAAAGCUUCCGAUCUUGACAUUNCCAAAUACAUCUGUUCAAGGUUGGAUGAGUGGUCAAGAAUGUAUGGAGACUUUUUCAAGCCUUGCUCCUACCUAGCUGAAAGAGCUGCCAAGGGGGCUCCGCUGAGUUCUACAAUGGAUCCAUCAAAGUCGCGCUUGUAAGCUCAGCAAUGCUAUUGGGCGUUCAUCGAGUUUGUUGCUCUGUUAUCUCCUUACUCUGGUCAGUUAAAGCGGAGUGGAUAAGGAAAAGUCAAUAAUGUAGAAAUGAAAAUGAAGAGCUAGUUUAUUAUGUAACGUAAAAGUGUAGUUGUCUGAAAAUAAAAUGAGAGCAAAGUGAAAUUGUGAGACGAUUAUCAGACCACCCCCCGUUUGUCUUUAUGCCUUAGAUAGUGAACCAAAUUGUUUAUGUAUUGCUUCUGAACUGGGGCUCUUUUGAUGGUCUAUGCAGUUCUCAUGAUAGUCAAACAUUUAUUAUUUGUUGCUUCCA